UCCAUUAACACUCACGCGCAUGAAAAAGGCUUGCAUGCGACAUCGAAUCCAGCUCAAUAUUUACGCGCGCCUUUGAUAACUUUAAUCACUUUUUUGUUGUGCUACAGCUCUCUUCUAUUAGACACGGCCAUGUCUUCUCCAAACAACAAAUCAGCCGCGAAUGGUGAGGGCGGGGUGCCCAACGAUGAGAAACCGCGCCUCACUGAAGAGGAAAAGAAGCAGAACCACAUCGCAUCAGAGCAAAAGCGCCGGCAAGCCAUCCGCGAAGGCUUUGAUCGCCUGACGGAGCUGGUGCCUGGCCUCGAAGGUCAAGGAAGAUCAGAAGGCUUGGUCCUCAAGCGAACAGUGGAUUACAUGCGCGAGCAGCUCUCAGAGAGACAGGCGAUUAUCGAUCGCAUCGAGCAGGCUGGAGGCGAUGUUGACGAGAAGCACAAGAGGGCGUUAUAUCAACAAGCAAACAAUCCAGGGCGUACGAGAGGAUGA